GAUUAGGCCUCUACUUUGAAGAUCGCAGCAAACGAAUCACGCUCAUUGUGUAAAACGAGCCCCAACCAUUGGAGGAAACCAGAGAGAAAAAUGACAACCCCCACCACCGCCGCCACCAGCGACCCCAAUGCUCAAGAACAACAACAACAAGAACAACAACAUGACACCGCCCUCCCCGUCCCCCCAAACCCGCCGCAGCUGCCCCUGCUCGGCACCACCGCCCUCGCGAGCCCCGUCCCGACGCGGGGCACCCUCCUCCUCGCCUGCAACCCGGCCAUCGACCUGACCGCCACGGCGGGCGACGGCGGCGCUGCGCUGCACGUCUGGCGGGCGGGAGACCAGCUCGUGUCGAAGCAUGUGGAGAGGGGGAGGCGGGUGGAGGCGGUGAGAUGGAAGGCUGAUGGUAGGUUUCAGUCAUUCAAUUUUUUUUCUGCCUUCUUUGAGACGCCAUUGUGGACUUUGGGUUUGCGGGAGGUUAAGUGGUCUGUCUGGCGUGGCUGUGUUAGUUAAGGAAAUGGAUGGGGUAUUUUUGCUGACGCACCGAGGCAGGUCAGUUCCUGGCGGCCGGGUGGAGCGACGGGGUGGUCCGGCUGAUGGGCCUGGAGAGCAGCAAGGCGGUGCACCACAUCCGGGUGUGCGAGGCGCAGGCCGGGGCCGCGUCGGCGGGCGAGGCGGGCAAGAUCGAGUUCAUUGCGUGGAGCAGGAACGUGGUGGGGGAAAGGUCCCGAGGCCGGCGCGGGG